GGUUGGUUAGUUAAUUAGGUAGUUUGGACCCGCGCGUGUUGGUUGGCUCGUCUACCUACUUUGCACGCUGUUGACGAUGAUUGAUGGCUUCGAUCCGGUCGUUCAGGCCUUUUUUGGCACACUUUUUACAUGGGCUGUGACAGCACUUGGCAGUGGAUUCGUUUUCUUCUGUCACAAUCUAAAAAGACAGUAUCUGGAUGCCAGCUUGGGUUUUGCAGCAGGGGUUAUGGUAGCGGCUUCAUUUUGGUCAUUAUUAGAACCAUCCAUUGAACAUGCAAAGUUAUCUGGCCUGUAUGGAGAGGAUGGUCAGUAUUCAUUCAUUCCGGCAUUGGUUGGCUUUCUGUUUGGCACCAAAUUCGUCAUUUUAACGGACUAUUUGCUCCCAUCAAUUGAUUUUAAUAUUCAUUCUGCCAAAGAUGACAAAAAUGAAAGCACAAAUAGCAAAAAGUCCACACAAAACAAUGUCCAAAGUUUAAACACAAACUUGACUCAACGAAACAAAUCAAGUCAUCAUCAAGGAAAGCAUAAUCAACCUGAAGAUCAUUCCAAGCAGAAAAGUUGGAAACGAAUUCUCUUACUUAUUAUAGCCAUAACUGUUCAUAAUAUUCCAGAAGGGUUGGCAGUUGGAGUAAGUUUUGGAUCGAUAGGGAGGACACCAUCAUCAACUUUUGCCAAAUCAAGGAAUUUAGCAAUGGGCAUAGGAAUUCAGAAUUUUCCCGAAGGUCUUGCAGUUAGUAUUCCCCUGAAAGCAUCUGGAAUGUCAAUGAAGAGAAGCUUCUGGUAUGGACAGUUGAGUGGCAUGGUUGAACCAAUAUUUGGAGUUUUGGGGGCAAUUUGUGUAACUUUGGUUGAUCCUCUUCUGCCUUAUGUUCUUGCAUUUGCUGCAGGUGCAAUGAUUUUUGUAGUCUUUGAUGACAUCAUCCCAGAGGCUCAAUCAUGUGGAAAUACGAGGGUUGCUUCACUUGGAGUCAUCGUCGGGUUCGUCAUCAUGAUGGUGCUAGAUGUGGCUCUUGAAUAGACUAUCCAACAAACCAUCAUCGUCUUUUUGUCAUCAUCUUGUCUAUAGGGUUAAAGGACUUUACAGAUUUUGAAUGUUUGCUCCUAUUUCAUCUUCGUGAUUCUAUCAUUCUUAACCAUUGAAAACUUUUUAAUAAUUUUUACUGGCUAUGAAUGCACCACACACUAGUUGUUGUCAUCCACAUUAUCAUCUUGCUCUUCGACUGGGUGUUAGUUUAUCUUCAACAAUUUUCAACAAUUUGUCAGCAUGCUUCAUUGCUGCGCAGUUAUCUAUGAUCUUACAUAACUCAAUGCAUGUCUUUCAUCUCAUCUAUUCACUCUCCCAGCCAAAACAUAUGUAGCUCAUUUUUUUUCUUUUUUGAUGCGUAUAAAGACUUGAAUAUUUUGAAACACAUAAUUUAUUUAUAUAUAUAUAAUAGUGUGAGUUUGUAUAUGAAUGAGUGUGAGUGUAUGCAUAUUGUC